AUGAGGAUCCUUGCUGGCUACCUUCAUUUCUACUUCAUUCCCUUCUUACUCAGCGGGGCACAUGGAUUCCUAAUGUGGAGAACACCUCCAGCCUUCCUGGUUUAUAACUACUCCUAUUCAAAUCUCUCCUCUGUCUCAGAAGCACAGGCUCCAAAAACAGCAAGAGCUCUCAAUUUCUCACACAAUGCCAUUGAAAAAAUUACCAAGGGGGACUUGGAAGGAUUUGACUGGCUGGAAGUUCUGGACUUUUCCUACAAUCGGAUCAGGGCUGUUGAGCCCGGAGCAUUCCAGAGUCUGCUCAGCCUGGUUUCUGUGGAUUUAUCAUUUAAUGAUGAGAAGCUGCUUCUGUCAGAUCUCCCACCCCACCUGAAGCUCUCACCUGCUGGCAAAGCUCCGAGGUCUUUGCAGCUUUCCAGGAAUUCUGGCAGAUCCUCAGGGGCUGCUCUGGAGCCUUCUGCUCCUGCAGAGGAGCUCCCCAGGCUCAGGAGAAGCCCAGGGAAUUUUCUUAGGAAGGGAGAGAGGAACACAACAGCCCUUCCCACAGCCCCACCUGAGCCCACCCUCUGUGGAACUCCCAUCAAUGGGACACUCAACCUGUCCCACAGCAACCUCACCCAGGACGAGCUGAUGUUAAAACUGGACGAGGAUCUCUGCAAAGCCCAGCUGGACAGGAUUUUGGAGCUUGACAUCAGUCACAACAACGUGGAAAUGGAUCUUCUGUAUCUGUUUACGCUGUUCUUCCACAUGGAAAACACUCUGUCCAUCGAUGCCAGCUUCAACAAGUUAACCAUUAACAUCCUGGAUCCUUCAUCCUUCUGUGAGUUCCCAUCCCACCAGCUUUUGUUCCUAAACAUCAGCAACAACCCCAUCAACAGCCUGGAUACGCUGUGCCUCCCUUCCAGCAUCAAGGAAAUUGAUUUGUCCUUCACCAACAUCAGCCAAAUACCCCCGAAUUUUGCUAAAAAAUUGGUUAACUUGGAAAAAAUGCAUGUUCAAGGCAACCACUUCAUCUACAGAGCAUUCUCAGAAAGCGAGAAUGCACUUCCAAUGUGCACCCCUCCCCCUGGAACUGUGCACAUCAACGCCAUCUCCUUUGUCAGGAAGGAGGUUGGGACACCCAUUGAAAGCCUUCCAGACAAAGUGAAACACCUGAGGAUGUCCAACUGCUCCAUUGUGGAGCUGCCAGAGUGGUUUGCUGACACAGUGGAGGAACUGCUAUUUCUGGACCUCAGCAGCAACUUCAUUUCUGUACUUCCCAAUUUCCCCCCCUCCCUGCAGCAUCUCGACAUCAGCAACAACGACAUCAAAGUCGUCUCCCCCAGCCUGAAAUCCCUCUCCAACCUAACAGUAUUUAGGAUUCAAAAUAACAAAAUUAUGGGUGUACACACAGAGCUUUUUCCAUCAGCCUUAAAAAAAUGUGAUCUUAGUAAAAACAAGGUGAAGGUGUUGUCCUUAACUUCUGCCCUGGAGAAGUUGGAACACCUCAAUGUUUCUGGGAACCUGAUCACACGCCUGGAGGCUGCUGGCCACCUUCCUGCACUGACCAGCCUGGACAGCAGCCACAACCUGAUCCCAGAGCUGCCCGAUGGCUUCGGGGCAUCCCUCCCAGGGCUGAAGUACUUCAACCUGUCAGGGAAUAAGAUCUCCUUUCUGCAGCGUGGCUCUCUCCCAGCCUCUCUGGUCGAGCUGGACAUCAGCGACAACGCCAUCACGACCAUUGUGGAGGCCACGUUCGGCCCGCUGACGAGCCUCAGGCUUCUGGCUGUCCAAGGGCACCACUAUUUCUGUACCUGUGACCUGUACUGGUUCGUGAACGUUUACCUCCACGAUCCCCAGCUGGAGAUCAGGGGCAGGGGGGCCAUGAGGUGCAGCUUCCCCCCGCAGCGCCGUGGCUCCCUGGUGGGCAGCAGCCGCCUGACGCUGCUGCGCUGCUCCCUGGCUGUCCAGCUGGCCGUGACCGCUGCCGCCGCCAGCCUGGCCGUGCUGGCCCUCACCCUGCUCUGCUGGAGGCUGGACGGGCCCUGGUAUGUCAGGAUGGGCUGGUACUGGUGCAUGGCCAAGAGGAGGCAGUAUGAGAAGAGGCCAGAGAACAAAGUCUAUGAUGCCUUCAUCUCGUACAGCGAGCACGACGCCGAAUGGACCAAAGAGAACCUGCUGAAAAAGCUGGAAAAUGAUGGCUUCAGGAUAUGCUACCAUGAGAGGGAUUUUAAGCCAGGGCAUCCUGUGCUUGGGAACAUUUUUUACUGCAUAGAGAACAGCCAUAAGGUGCUUUUUGUUCUCUCUCCCAGCUUUGUGAACAGCUGCUGGUGCCAGUAUGAGCUGUAUUUUGCCGAACACCGGGUCCUGAACGAAAACCUGGAUUCCCUCAUCAUGAUUGUGCUGGAAGAUCUCCCACCCCACAGCGUCCCACAGAAAUUCAGCAAACUCAGGAAACUGCUGAGAAGGAAAACUUACUUGAAGUGGAGCCCUGAAGAACACAAGCAGAAAAUGUUCUGGCAUCAGCUAAAAGCUGUCCUAAGAACAACCAACGAGCCGCUCGUGAGAGCGGAGAACGGAUCUGCUCUGGAGAUGCAGGAGCUGGAAUGA